CGCCCGGUGCUGGGCCCGACUCUGUGUGUGAGAGCUGGAAGCACAAAGAGGAGCGAGCGGGGGAACCGGAGCGGAGACGGAGACUAGUGUGUGACCGGCGGGCGGCGGAGCAGCGAUACCUGCCCCACGUGACUGACCAGCAGCAACAGCGCUACCGGGAGCACCGGAGGACUGGACGCCGCCCGCUCCAUCCCUGUCAGUGUGGUCCCCAGGCAGGAUGCUGCUCGUGCUCUCCCCGGAGCUGCAUCCUCUGCGCCAGGCUGCGGCCAUGUGACAGCUGCGGAGACCGGACAAGAAAGAAGGAGAUGUGACCCGGGAGCCCCGCUCAUAGAGCCGCCACCGAUCACAAGCCACAGCGCCACCGGUGAAGGACUACGGAUCCCCGGCCGUGCCUCCCCCGCGCAGCACAUGCCGGGUCCCCCCCCUGCGCUGAGGCUCCAGUGAGGACCCGGGCGCAUCCCCGCCGGGGGCGUCGCAUGUUCAAGUCCAGACGCAGCGGGCUGGUUCGGCGCCUGUGGCGGAGCCGGGCGGGCGGUGAUGGGGGGGUGUCUUGCUGCGGUCUGUCCGAGCCGCCCGGCGGAUCCCCGGAGAUGCGCUCCGCGGCAUCGGGAGUGCUGAAGCGGCUGAAGGAGCAGGCUCUGUGCGCGCUGCUGGAGGCGGUGGAGUCCCGGGGCGCCGAGCCCGGAGCCUGUGUGCUGGUGACCCGGGCCGGGCCCCCUCCUCACCUGCUGCUCUGCAGACUCUUCCGCUGGCCUGAGCUGCAGCAUCCCGGGCAACUGAAGGCGCUGAGCGGGUGUCAGGGGCCCGGAGGAGCGGACAGCAACAGCGGCUGCUGCAACCCCUACCACUAUAGCCGGCUGUGCGGACCCGAAUCUCCUCCUCCUCCAUACUCUCGUCUGUCUCCAAAAUUUGAGCAAAAACCCCUGGAUCUCUCUGAUUCAUACACUGAAAUGGAUGCUUCAAGUUCACUGUGUAUCACUGCUGGUGAUGUUUCAGUUGACACCAGUCUUUCUCUCGACUCAAGUAAGCAGGGCCAUUGGUGCAGCGUAGCCUACUGGGAGCACAGGACCCGCGUGGGCCGUCUUUAUGCUGUGUGUCAGCCUUCAGUCAGCAUCUUCUAUGAUCUACCUCAAGGGAGCGGCUUCUGUCUUGGCCAGUUGAAUCUGGAGAAUCGGAGUGAGGCUGCUUCCAGGACACGAGGGAAGAUUGGAUUGGGUAUUGUGCUGAGCAAGGAGUCAGAUGGGGUGUGGGCCUAUAACCGCAGUGACCAUCCCAUUUUUGUUAACUCUCCAACUCUUGAUUCACCCACCUGCCGCUCCCUUGUUGUGCGCAAGGUGAUGCCUGGCUAUUCCCUCAAAGUGUUUGACUAUAAAAAGUUGUGCAUCUUACAGCAUCUCCCUGCACCCCCGGAAUAUACAGACGGACCAUAUGACCCUAACAGUAUACGCAUCAGUUUUGCUAAGGGCUGGGGACCAUGCUACUCUCGCCAGAUGAUCACUUCAUGCCCAUGCUGGUUGGAAGUGUUGUUAGGACGGUAGCAACCAGUCCGCAAAUUUUGUACAAUUUUUUUCUUCUUCAUUCAACUGGUGUAUUAACAAAGAAGGAUACACACCAUUUCCAGCGGACAGAUUGGUAAGGAAGGCCCCUGGUUAACCCAUUGUCUGUCAUGGAGGCAUGCAUUGCCUUAUUUAUAAUGUAUACAUCAACAUGCAUGUUAAUAACAGUGGAUAUCAUGCCUCCUUGCCAGAUGAUAAGGUUUUCAACAUGAAUACUCUGAUGUAAACUGUGGAACCAUGGAGCCAUUUUCUUCUUUUAGAUUUAACCCUCAAUUCGCCUUGUUUCCUCAUGCUCUUGGCUGUAGCCGCCAUUUUAUCCUGCAUGUUUGAAGAACACGGCUGUGAACACCUUGGUGCUGCACAACUAUGCACAUGGUUACAAAAUGACACCUCCAUGCUCACAAAAUGGGACGGCAUAAUGUCACAUUAACCUUUCAGGUGCCAUAAUAAUUAACCUUUUCUUGCCAUUAGGGCCUGGGCUGCCUUGCUUGCCUUUUUGUUCAGCUUUGCAAUGUAUUACAGGCCCCUGGCAAUUGAAUUAGUUAAUUCCCUUUUGAACGAGGGAUCUACACUACUACACAUACUCCUCACAAAAAGGACUCUCCCAAAUACCAUGCCCUAGAUUUAAUAUAAAAUGUUUAUAUAUUAUAUGGAAAUAUAUAUUAUACUUGUAAAUACGGAGUCAUUUUUACAAUGUCAUUAUUUAUGUAUGGUGCAAUGUGUAUAUGAACCUAAAUACAAAUAAAAUGCACUUUGGCUUUUACAGUUCUUCCAGCACAUAAUCAAUAAACACAAAACCGUAUAGUAAAACCGCAUGUGAAAGCUACGUUAUUAAGAAAGUAUAUACUGCUCACUUCCUAGUAAUCUGAAUGCACUUUAAAAAGUAAUUUAAGAGUUUCAGUAAGGGUUAUCCUCUGUAUUAUAAAAAGUUACAACAUUUAGGAUACGCUUUGUAUCAAUAUCAGAUUUCAAGAUCUCUGUUUGCUGUAUAGUGCCAAUCCUUUUUGUUUUUCUUUCAGGGA